AUGGGUGCAUCUGCUGCAGCGGCCGCUCAGCAGCACAGAGCGCAGCAGCACGCUCAGCAACAACUUGGUGUAUCGAAUGGGAACGCUCUCAACAUGAACGCUUUCAGUGUAGCGCCUUCUUUCGGGGCACAGUUGCAAGCGUCACCUAUUGACUUCAUCCCGACGUCCAACGCCGACAACUUCAUUGUCACCGCCGGCAUGGAUGCUGCCAACUUCAUGACCAUGGCCGCAGGGUCCAGUCUUGCUGGUGGUUCACCCACAGGUACUGCCGUUGAAAUUCAAUCGCUUUCCGACAACGAAGGUUCAUGGACCAUGGUCAACUUCAACAGCCACCGACACUCCAUGGACUCCCUCGGCACCGUCUCCAACCCGAGCCAAAACCUUCACAUUCGCACCCAUUCCGAAUCCUCCAGCUCGGAUGGUCCUUAUUCUGAGUUGUCAGGAAGCUACGAGGAGAUUCCUCCUUGGCCUCUAUCAUCACCACACGACUUCCAUAACUCCGCAGAGUUCCUCGAUGCCCAAUUUCUCCAACAACAGAUUCAAGGUCUGCAGACUUCCAGUCAACAAACGUCACCGACCCAAUCUCUUGCCGUCAGCCCUGUUGCUGGUAUUGUUUCAUAUCGAUCGUCAGGAUCUUCAUCAACAUCACCAACAUCGUCCGGCCCGACCUCGCCGCCACUCAGACGUCGCAAGUCCCCGCUAGACGGCAAGACUACCAAGUCCAUCAUCAGCAAAAAGACAGUGCCUCUGAAUCCGCGCAAGGACUCGACCGGAACCGAGAAGAAGGUCGGCCGCAGACGUGGUCCUCUUCGGCCGGAGCAGCGACAACAGGCCCACGAGAUCCGAAAGCUCCGAGCCUGUUUGCGUUGCAAGUUCCUGAAGAAGACUUGUGACAAGGGCGAACCCUGCGGCGGCUGCCGACCAAGUCAUGCUCGGCUGUGGCAAGUCCCGUGCACGCGCAUGGACAUCAAAGACAUCGCGUACUUCAUGAAGGACUGGAAGGCUGACUACGAGCGGCACGUGACCCUAGCCUUCAGCAUCAGCAACAUCAAAGGCUUUGGUACUCAGGAGCGAACGAUCUACAUCACUCACGGCUAUGGUCACCUCCUGCCGAUCAACGUCCGUGAGGUAUAUGUUCGUGACGAGGACUGCUUUGACAUGGAUUGGGUUGAAACCAACAACAGUGUCGACGUGGAAGACUUUGAACUGACAACUCACCGCCUGUCUGCUGGCCUCGAGGGUGUCAGCAUCUCAUUGUUGUCCGAAUACCUCGACUGCCACCUCGACCAGAACUUUGAGGAAUUCGUUGACGACCUGUUCGAGGGCACCAAGUUUCUGACAGAGAUCCUCAAGACCGCGUACCGUUACUACACGAAGGAGAAAACGCCUUCCGUGCGCAAGGCCCUCAAGCUCAUCCUUGCUUACAACCUCACCACUCACGUGACUCUGAUUGAGGGUAUCGGUGAGGAUGAGGUAUUCGACGGGAAAGUCGAGGACCCUCGAUCGAGGUACCAUGGGAGAAUUCUCGCUCCCGUCAUGAUUAACUUCCAGGUCAAGGCUGCCCUCGCCGACAUGUGGCGAGAGCUGCAACGCGACAUCCUUGAGGAACUGUCGUCGUUGUACUCAUCUGUCUACUCGGGCGACAAGCUAAAGAACUGGCCGACGAUCUUCAUGCUGGCCUCCAUCCUGCUCGCGAUCUGGGAAGAGAUGCAGUUCGACGCCCACUACCGUGUGCCCGAUGAGCAGGCUGUCAACAAGUUCUGCGAAGACAUGGAGACCACUCCCGUCGGCGUCAUCGUCGGUCUGUUCCAGGCCAUCUCCACCAAGCUUCCAGGCCUCCAGGAAUGGGACACUCGCAAGCACCAUCAACUACUCGGCUCUAACCCUGCCAUCUGCGAGGCCUUGACCGAGGUCAGAGGCCACGUCAACAAAUACGAAUCCUACCUCAGAGAACGGCCCAGCGCAAAAUUCGACCGCGACGACUUCGACUGCUUGAGCAACAAGUUCUUGAGCAAGCUCGUCAUCCGUGCCAACUAG